AAAAUCAGUCAUGCCAUUUAUUUGACAACAGUGGAAACGGGGAUGUAACUGACGACUGUCCGAUCCCGAUUACGGUCAAAAUCAGCUCAGCGGAGAAUCGGGCCGGCGACAAUGUCGUCGAUUCAACGGCCACCAAACGACUCCUGGGACUACAUGCUACCAGGUCCACCUUCCCGCAACAACGGCGGAUCUGCCGACCUCCGUUCGACCGGACUUCUAGCCUACGCCGCCGGCAGCAGUGUCGCCAUAGUCGACUCACGCUCAAUGCAACUCGUAUCAGUCCUUCCGAUUCCUCCUCCGUCCGCCAGCACUGCGAAUUCCACCACAAGUUCUUCAACAUCUUCCUAUUUGUCUCCCUUUGUCACCGCCGUCCGUUGGUGCCCUACUCCGCUUCGCCUCGAUCUUCUCUCACAUGAUCCUACGUCUUCGCACUCCCACCUUCUCCUCGCCGCCGGCGACCGCCAAGGCCGUGUUUGCCUCCUUGAUCCACGCGUCAAAGCAUCUGCUCCUCUUUUCCUUCAAACCGAUCCGAACUCCAAAUUAGGUAUCCAAGACCUGUGUUGGAUCCAAUCCAGACCUGAUUCGUGGAUCAUUGCUGCCAUAACCGGAUCCUCGCUCCUCUCUCUAUUCGAAACAUCCACUGGGCGUUGCUUCUUCAAAUACGACGCCGCUCCGGAAACCUUCUCGUGCAUUAAACGUGAUCCCUUUGAUUCCCGCCAUUUCUGUGUUGUAGGUCUCAGAGGCUUCCUUCUAGCGAUCAAAGUUCAUGGCGACAAUUCGGAAUCGGACGUCGUAUUGAAAGAACUUCAAAUACCUACCGAUGUCUCUGAAUUGAAUAAGCUGGAGAGAGAUGCAGCUGCCGCUAGUACUUCCGGUUCAAUCAACAAUUCUCCGGCAAUGGCGUCCUUCCCCACUUACGUAGUGAAAAUCGCGUUUUCUCCACAUUGGAAGCACAUUUUGUAUGUGACUUUUCCAAGGGAAUUGGUUGUGUUCGAUAUGCAAUAUAAAACGGCUUUGUCUCGUAUCAAUUUACCUAGAGGAUGUGGAAAGUUUCUCGAUGUGUUGCCUGACCCAAGCUUGGAGGUGGUCUACUGUGCUCAUUUUGAUGGACGCCUAAGCGCUUGGAGGAGGAAGGAAGGAGAGCAGGUGCAUGUGAUGUGCAUGAUGGAAGAAUUGAUGCCCUCACUUGGUACCCCUAUCCCAUCUCCCUCGGUUCUUGCAGUUGUCAUCUCUCGAUCAGAUUCCACCCUGCAAAAUGUUCACAAGCAUCUUUCUGACGGACAGCAUACUUCUUCACCUGAUAUGGAUUUUGACAACCCUUUCGAUUUUUGUGAUGAAACUCCAGUCAUUUCUAAAACCCAUCUGUUAUCCAUUUCUGAUGAUGGAAAAAUAUGGAACUGGCUUCUGACUGCUGAAGGCCCAACAGAGAAUCAAAAAGCUGCAUCAGAUGUCACCAUUGUUGCAGAAAUCAGUAAAGAUAAAGAUUCAUCUUUAGAUACAAAUUCUGGAGUGGAUUCUUCAUUUGGCUCUGUGAAAGAUGUAGUCAAACAAACAGAUAAGGAGAAUAUUAGAAAGGGUCGUCGAUCAUCCUCCAAAAAGAACAAGGAUGAGCUGUCACUAAAGAUCAGUUUGGUUGGCCAGCUGCAUCUACUUUCUUCAUCAGUGACUAUGCUGGCUGUUCCAUCCCCUUCUUUAACUGCUACUUUUGCACGAGGGGGAAACCAUCCUGCAGUAGCUGUUCCACUAGUUGCAUUGGGAACUCAGAGUGGUUCAGUUGACAUUGUUGAUGUUUCUGCAAAUGCUGUUGCUGCAAGUUUUUGUAUCCAUGAUAGUGUUGUAAGAGGAUUAAGGUGGUUGGGUAAUACAAGACUAGUCUCAUUCUCAUACACUCAGGGAAAUGAGAAAACUGGUGGCUUUACAAAUAGGCUUGUUGUUACCAAUCUUCGAACUGGCCUUAAUCGAACAUUUAGGGUUUUACAAAAACCAGAACGUACUCCCAUAAGAGCUUUAAGGGCUUCAUCUUCCGGAAGGUAUCUUUUGAUAUUGUUUCGUGAUGCUCCUGUUGAGGUUUGGGCAAUGACAAAGACUCCAGUCAUGCUUAGGUCUUUGGCCCUUCCAUUUACAGUAUUGGAGUGGACUCUUCCUACUGUUCCAAGACCAACACAAAGUGCAGCAUCUAAGCAAUCUGACACUUCUGCCCCUCCCGAAACAGACUCUAAUGGAGGUCAAGAAGAGUUUUCAGAGACUUUUGCAUUUGCACUUGUAAAUGGUGCACUUGGGGUGUUUGAAGUUCAAGGGCGAAGGAUCCGAGACUUCAAACCAAAGUGGCCUGUUUCUUCACUUGUUUCUUCCGAUGGACCCGUUAGAGCUAUGGCCUAUCGUUUGCCUCAUGUGGUGAUGGGGGACAGGUCAGGUAACAUCCGGUGGUGGGACGUUACAACUGGACAAUCCUCCUCUUUCAACACUCACCGUGAAGGCAUUCGAAGAAUCAAAUUCUCACCCGUUGUUCCUGGAGACCGAAGCCGUGGACGUAUCGCUGUAUUGUUUAAUGACAAUACAUUUUCCGUUUUUGACCUUGAUUCACCGGAUCCAUUAGCUAACUCAUUACUACAGCCUCAGUUUCCUGGCACACUAGUGCUGGAACUUGAUUGGUUGCCUGUAAGAACUGAUAAAAAUGAUCCUCUGGUUUUGUGUAUUACUGGAGCAGAUAGUAGCUUUCGCCUUAUUGAAGUUAACAUUGAAAAAAGAUCUGGUUAUGGAGCUCAGUAUGGAUCAAUAAAGGAGCGGUUUCGACCAAUGCCUUUAUGUUCUCCUAUAUUACUUCCUACUGCACAUGCCUUGGCAUUGAGGCUGAUCUUGCAAUGUGGUGUGAAGCCUUCGUGGUUUAACACAUGCAGUACGAUUAUAAAUAAUAAAAUUAAUGAAUUAUCAGUAGGAGAUCUUCGUAGCUAUUUAAUUGAUAUACCAACAAUUGGCGACACUGUUGUCCCAGAAUUGCUUCUUAAGGUGCUAGAGCCUUACCAGAGAGAAGGUUGCAUACUUGAUGAUGAAAUGGUGCAAGAGUAUGGUAGUAUACUGAAUAAAGGUUCAGCUGCAAGGAUUUCCUCCAAGGGUAAAUCCGGAACUGGGUCAAGUAACACCAACACAGUGAGUGAUGGUGAACUUAAAUUAAUGGCUUUUGAGCAAGAAGAAUUAUGGGAAAGUGCUAAUGAGCGUAUUCCAUGGCAUGAAAAAUUAGAAGAUGAAGAAUCUAUUCAGAACCGUGUACAUGAGCUUGUCUCAAUUGGUAACUUGGAAGGUGCUGUAAGUUUAAUGCUUUCUACUCCUCCAGAAAGCCCUUAUUUUUAUCCAAAUGCUUUGCGUGCUGUUGCUCUUUCAUCAGCUGUUUCAAGAUCUUUAAAUGAAUUAGCUGUAAAGGUGGUUGCAGCAAGUAUGGUGAGCACUGACAGGUCAUUAUCUGGCACACAUUUGCUAUGUGCUGUAGGGAGGUAUCAAGAAGCUUGUUCACAGCUACAAGAUGCGGGUUGUUGGACAGAUGCUGCAACAUUAGCAGCAACACAUUUAAAAGGAACUGAUUAUGCAAGGGUAUUACACAGAUGGGCUGAACAUGUCCUUCAUGCUGAACAUAACAUCUGGAGGUCCCUGAUAUUGUUCAUAGCAGCAGGUUCAUUACAAGAUGCACUGGGGGCACUCCGUAGGGCGCAGCAACCGGAUACCGCAGCCAUGUUUAUAAUCGCGUGUCGUGAAAUUCAUGCCGAAUUUAUUGAAAAAUUAGAUCCUGAAAAAGAGCCGGAUUCUUUAAUUAAAGAAAAAUUGGUGGUUUUGCCGGGUCUAAACCCGGAAAAUGAAGAUGUAAUUGCUGCUGGUGAAUUGUACGGACAGUUCCAACAGAAACUUGUUCACCUUUGCAUGGACUCUCAACCAUAUAUAGAUUAAAUAAAUAAAUGCCAUAUGCUUUGUCUUAUGUCAUGUACUUUUGGUAAAGCACAUGGUACAACUUGACAUUCAUUUUACAAAGUGGUAUACGACGUUAUAGAUUGAUAGUCA